CAUACAUCCCUUCUCUCUCUUCCGGUUAUCUCACCUAUUCGAUAUUUGGGAUUUUCGUCUUUCCUUCCCCCACGAUGGAGAACCAAAAGAUCUCCGAUUUCCUCGCUGAGCAGCUGCAACAAGCUCCGGAGCAGUGCCAGGCCUCGUUCUUGAGCUUUGAAGACUACUGGGAGCGAAAACUAUGGCACCAGCUAACCAAUGCCCUGAUCGAUUUCUUCCGUCUACCAGAGAGCGCUCCCCAGCGGCUACCGAUAUUCAAAACCUUUGUUCUCAGUUUUGCCGACAAGAUCAACCAGCUCAAGUUCGUCUCGCUCGGGUUGAUGGCGUCAACACAGUGCGCAAAUGACCAAGAGCGACUAUCCUUCCUCACAUCACUUGCCGAUAAAGUGAAUAAGCCCGAGACACAAGACGCUUACAUCUACGCCCUGGCGGAAGUCGCAAAUGUCAAGCAACGCCUACAGGACCUGGAGGGAGCGCAGAAAGACCUAGCAGCAUGCCAGCGAGUAUUGGAUUCGUUUGACUCUGUUGAGAAUGUCGUGCACGCAUCGUUCUAUAAAGUCAACGCCGAUUACUACCACGCCAAAGAAGAAUUCGCCUCCUUUUACAAAAAUGCCCUACUAUACCUUGCCUGCAUUAACCUGGAGGACCUCCCCGAAUCGGAGCGCGUUUCCCGCGCCUACAAUCUCAGUGUUGCCGCCCUCGUCUCGGAUUCUAUUUACAAUUUUGGCGAACUGCUCCUGCACCCGAUCCUGGAUUCCCUAACCGAAACGCCGCACAGCUGGCUACGCGACCUCCUCUUUGCCUUUAACCGCGGCGAUUUAACAGCCUACGAUGUCCUCGCGGGCAACAUUUCCAAGAACAAGCUACUUGAGCAACAUCGCAUCUUCCUAUACCAGAAGAUCUCCCUCUCAGCUCUGACAGAGAUGGUCUUUCGCCGCCCACCCCACGACCGCAACUUGACCUUCGCGUCCAUCUCUGCCGAGACGAAGGUGAAACCUGGAGAAAUCGAGCAUCUCGUUAUGAAGGCGCUCUCUCUGGGCCUGCUUAAGGGAGCCAUCGACCAGGUGGCCCAGAUCGCACAGAUCCACUGGGUGCAGCCCAAGGUACUGGAUAUGAAACAAAUUGAGGGCAUGCGGAACCGGCUGAAGGAUUGGGAUGCGGGCGUUAACCAACUAGGUCACUGGAUUGAAGGCGUAGGAAAGGAUGUGUGGGCUGCGUAAGGGAGACGGCUCAUUUUCAAUAGAUCCUUUCCUUUUCUCUUUUCUAACCUAGGCAAAAAGAGCAUUUUUGCAUGUGUGUACGGCAGUGUACUAGAAUCCUCAUAAUCAAAGACUUGGUCAUGAAGACAACCAAAUAUGAAUUUAUAUUUCUGUGGCCGUUAAAACACCACC